AUGCAUCAGGGCGCGAACCGAAUAUUCAAAGCUAGUUUUGCGCUGAAUUUUAUUAUCAUAGUGCUGUGUCAAGCUGUAAUAACUCUUCGUGUCUGGUAUCUCUUCCCAAGGAGCAGGAUCAUUCGAUGCAUCGCCAUUACCGCUUACCUGGCAUGUGCUUCAAUAACUAUUAUUCUCGCCGCCUAUUACUGUGGUGCUAUUGAAUCCUUCGUCAAUACGUUAUCAGUCGACUUGGAUUUGGUGUCCCCGAUGCAUCCACCGCUCGUCUGGCAAAUCUACAUACCAUCACUCUUCAUACACUCUUUUCUAUUCUCCCUCAAAAUCUACCGGGUGAUGGUUUGCACUGACUCUUUGGGGAACAUGCCGUUGUUGCAACGUUUUUUGAAAGAGGGUGGAUUGAUGUAUGCCUUUGCUACCGGUUCUAUCUUGUAUGCCACAAUUGCAUUUUCGAUGACUUCACCGUCAGGAUUAAGGUCUUACCUAUCAGCUUUACUGGGAGAGUUUUCAGUUGCUGCCACUGUUGUAGCCGUUUGUCGUGCAAUGCUUAGCAUACGCUCACUAGCAGCUACACGACAUGUGGAUCCUGCGUGGCUGUUGAAUCACGCCGAGCUCAGCCGCGUUAACUGGACUAAGGGAUAUCAAGAAGGUGAAAUCCGAGUCGAAAUUGAUAUGGACCGUAACGACGACAUAGCCCUAGUCACCAGGAACUGGGAUAUUGAUAGCAAUCGAACCCUCACAAUUUAG